ACAAGGGAGGUAUUUUCUGACUAGUCGCUUCACAGAGGACUCAACAGGACUCGAGGUCUGAGGACUGCUGUGUCUUCAUCUGCAGUACGGGUCCCGUGAACGGAUUUGAUCUGGAUUUUUGACAGGGAUAGGACCGGUCGAAAUGUGGAUGUAAUGUAUCCAAGCACACAUUGUUUCGAGAUCCCGAACUCUUAAGUGGACCUAUGAUGAUCUGUCUACGAAAAGACGCGAAGGGUGCAAGCCACCACAGGAGUUCCGCGGACUGUUGUUGUCUGAGAAAUGAUAACAAAUGAACGACACGGAAAGGAACAUGGUUGAAAGGACCAGUAAAUUUCUGUUGAUCGUCGUCGGAUCGGUCUUCUUCAUGCUGAUUUUGUACCAGUACGUGGCGCCCGGGGUGAUAAACUUCGGCUCCCCGCACGGGUACCUUCUCGGCGAAGAGGACAUGACCAUUUUCCCCACUCCGGAUCCGCACUAUGUGAAAAAGUACUACUUCCCUAUUAAAGAUCUAGAACGCAAUAUCGAUUUCGAAAUCAAGGGAGAAGACGUGAUUGUGUUUCUCCACAUCCAAAAGACCGGCGGGACCACCUUCGGGAGACACCUGGUCCAAAAUGUUCGACUGGAGCUUCCGUGUGAUUGUAGACCGGGGCAGAAGAAGUGUACUUGCUACCGUCCGAACCGAAAGGAGACCUGGCUGUUUUCUCGGUUCUCCACCGGCUGGAGUUGCGGUUUACACGCGGACUGGACCGAGCUCACCAACUGCGUCCCGGGAGUUCUCAACAAAAAAGAGAGCAAGUCGACAAAAAUGAGAAAGUUCUACUACAUCACUCUACUGAGGGACCCUGUUUCCCGCUAUCUUAGCGAAUGGAGGCACGUCCAGCGCGGGGCCACGUGGAAGACGUCCCUGCACAUGUGUGACGGACGGACCCCCACACCCGAAGAGCUGCCAUCCUGCUACGAGGGCACGGACUGGUCAGGGUGCACUUUGCAGCAAUUCAUGGAUUGCCCCUACAACCUAGCCAAUAACCGGCAAGUGCGCAUGCUGGCUGACCUCAGCCUGGUAGGCUGCUAUAACCUCUCAACGGUCCCCGAGAAGAGGCGCUCGCAGCUCCUGCUCGAAUCAGCCAAGAAAAACCUGCGAGACAUGGCUUUCUACGGCCUCACGGAGUUCCAGCGGAAGACGCAGUACUUGUUCGAGCGCACCUUCCACCUCAAGUUCAUCCGGCCGUUCAUGCAGUACAACAGCACGCGGGCGGCUGGCGUGGACCUGGACAACGACACGAUACAGCGCAUCGAGGAGCUCAACGAUCUUGACAUGAAGCUGUAUGAUUACGCCAAAGACCUGUUUCAGCAGCGCUACCAGUACAAGCACAUGUUGGACCGGCGGGAGCAAAGACUACUGAGAGGACAGGCGUCUUUCCACAGCCCGUUCCGAGAGGACGGAGUCGGGGGAGAGGGUAUGGCACGCCUGCCAACCGAGGACUACAUGAACCACAUCAUCAAUGGAUGGUAACCGCCCACCCCUCUCCAGAGAGACCGAAAAACAGACACAGUAACGAGGAGAGGGGGAAUAAACGUACCCAAGUGGAAUACCCAUUCCCAGGCCGGAGAGUUCAUUGUUCCAUCCUUUGGUCUGGAAUACAGGACCAGAAAACGUUUUAGAAAUGUGUCUGUGAGCGUUUCGCUUAGUGCAGCAUCUCAAAGGCCCUUUUUAAAUGAAAGUUCUGGCAUAACAUUUAUAUGAAAUUAUCGAUUUUUUUUUUUUUUUUGUGCCACAAACCAUUUUUUCUCGACCUCAGUGCUGCAGUGUUUCACAGAAAGGGUGACUGAAAUGAACAAAUAGGUAUUUCAAUACCUGAUUCAAAUGAAUAUCAAAAAAUCUAUUGAUUGUUAAAAGAUUGUUUUUUUUAUUUACAUAAAUAUAAAUAUGUAUAAUAAAUCUUAGAUUGCCUUUUUUAAAAUCCUGGUGUGAAGUGGAUGGUGCAGUCACAAUUGGCUGAGAAUUACUAACAGGUGUUGAGUGAGUAUGAUUUUAUAGAUCUUAAUAUAUAUAACACAGAAGAUUCCCUUUUUCCAUGAGUGUUUUUAUUAUUUUCCCCCCUUUGAGUGUUGAACAGAUUCCUGUAAGUCCCGGAGAUUGUGUUGAAAAUCCAUUCCUGAAAGUCAAAUGUAUCCAACUGCAGUUCUGUCAAUACUGAUACCUAAAAAAAAACCCCGCCAUCAUGCACUGUUUUGUUUGUUUUUAUUUUAAGCAUGUGCUAAUUUAUACAUUAUGCACUGUAUGCAUUCUGUGCUGUGAACCUUUUACCCAUAAUCCAGUGCAGUAUAUUUGCGUCGUGAAUCACAUACUUUAAAUGAACCAAAUCUUUCUCUUCCUUUUCCGCUCCGGAUUCACACUUGCCCUCAUGUAUUGUUGAGUUUGUGUGCAUGUAAAACAUGUUAAUUGAACUUGCACUGAGCAUGUUGAGGCUUGACAUCGCUUACUGAUAGUUCUUGUUUGGCUCUGUCUACAGAGACUCCUUAACUCCCAUCUUCGAACUUCCCUCCUGCUAAAACUCGAAAUAAAUAGACUGCUAUUGAAGCCCAUUGAAGAUCCAUGUUAAAAUGCUUAUGGGAAAAGUGUGAAGAAAUGGAUAUUUUCCAUCUGUAUGUAUCAAUCAGAAUAUGGAG